UGAAUAUGCCAUGCGAAUAUCCCGUAUUUGAGCAAGUGUGCCAAUAUGCCAUAUUGGCGCACUUGCCAAGUGUGCCAAAAUCCCAUAUUGAGGCUAUUUCCGGUCAUCACGCACCUGUUGUCCAGUAACGGCAGAACGUCAGCGCGUAUAUACACGUUACGUAAUUGACAACCGCAUUGCAAAAAAAAAAUGGCCGUAGAAAGGACGUUGCAAUCUUUGGCGAAUCGCUUGAUGGAUUUAGAUAAUAUAAUCGAACAACAAGGGCAGCCAGCUGACACUUUUGCUUUUGUUGAAAGUAUGAAAAACGAUAAUACAAAAAAGAAAACCAAAAGUGAUAUGAACAGACUGAAUACUUGGUUUCAAACUGAAGGAGAAGAACGAGAUAUUUUAGAAAUUCCUACCACUGAGCUAAAUAUGUUGCUUGCAAGGUUUUUUAUGAACUUGAGAAAGGUAGAUGGCUCCGAGUACGAGCCAGACAGUAUGGGGAGCAUUCUCGCCAGUGUCAACAGAUAUCUAAAGGACCACGACUACGGAACAAACAUCAUGACCAGUGAUACGUUUAAGCACACCCGUGAUGUGGUUGCGACUAAAAGGAAAAUAUCCAAAUCCCACGGAAAAGGCAACAAGAAAAAUCGUGCAGAUCCAUUCACUGGUGAAGAGAUCGCAAUUUUGAAGCAAAAGGGGCUUCUUGGCAAUGAAACGCCUGAAGCUUUGUCUAACACUAUCUGGCUGAACAACAUUCUUCACUUUGGUUUACGUGGAAGACAGGAGCAUCAAACAAUGUUGUGGGGAGAUGUAGAGCUACUUACAACUGCAUCAGGGAGAGAAUACUUAGCUUUUACAGAGAGACUGACUAAAACAAGAAACGGCAUCGCUAGUGACCCAAGGGAUUUUGUGCCCAAAAUGUUCGCACAACCAGGAGACAAGGACUGUCCAGUAGAAAUGUACAAACGAUAUGCAGAAAAGCGCCCAGACAAGAUGAAGACCCCUGACUCUAGGUUUUAUGUUGGGUUGAAUCCUAACUACAAGCCAGGAAGUGACAUAAGCUGGUUCAUGAAUUCGGCGAUGGGCAAAAACAAGUUAGGAACAAUUGCAAAAGUCAUGUCAGAGAAAGCCAAACUGCCUGGUAGACAUACUAACCACAGUGGGAGGAAAACAACUGUUACAGAGCAACUAAGAAAUGAAGUACCGGCAAUUCAUGUUGCCAAGUUGGUUGGACAUAAAAAUCUAAUGUCACUAAACUCUUAUAACACCAUGUCUAUAGAGCAACAGAUAACAAUGUCUGAUAAUGCACACGCAUUAAACAAAGUAACUGCAUCAACAUCUACCAUUGCCAGAAUGGAGGAGCAAGAAAUGGCUGAUACCGAGUUGGACACCGAGUUGUUAGCCGCAUCUCAAGAAAUCGAAGAAGCAUUAAACAACAUUGAACAAUUUGAGAAAAGUUGUGAAAAUAGUAGUGGCGCACAGGUUCUAAAUCUCCCUAUAGUUCAUCAUCCAGAUGGAACAUUAAGCACAUGUAUUCGGGAUAAAGAAACAUCUGGCAGAAAAUUUGAUCCAAGUCGAAUGUUUGUAAAUUGUACAUUCAAUGCUUCAGUACAAUUUGUGCUUAAAUAGAGACUGAAAUUGGACAUAUUACAUAGAAAUCGAAAGAAGAAACUAUAUCUUUCUUUAUUUUUAUUUUCUGUGAUUGCGCAUGAAAGAGACGCUUACUUUGAAUCAGUUAUUUAUUUAUUUCACUAUUAUAUUGUUUAAUACAUGAACUGUGGAUU